GACGUAUAAUGGACUGGACGGGACGCUUAUUCAGGAACAACAACACGGCUACUCUUUCAACCACCUCGAUAGCUUGCUAGCCAACAUAAAACUGAAAGAUUGACGGUUUAGACCAAGUUUAUGUACAUUAGCUAAUCCUAGUGUUUAAAACACAUUUCAGUUGACGUAUCAACUGCUUAACUUUAAUAUACUUUGCUUGUUCAAUUUGCAAACUUGUUAAAUAUUGAUACUGAGCCUAGUCCUAGGCUAGUCGCUAAUGCUAACUAGCUAGUUAACUAGCUAACAUCCCUGACCAUGAGCUCACUAAACUACUCAUCCCCUGCUAAAGAAGAAGAAGAGGUCUACUGGACGGAGAAAGAACCUCUGGAUUUGAACAUUGUCGUGAAAGAAGAAGAGGGUGUUACAGUGAAAGAAGAGAAAGAACCUUUCAGAAUGAAACAAGAGGAAGAGGAGGUUGUUAUAGGAGAAGAACCUUUUACAGAGGAAGAGGAUGCUAUCUCAAUAAAGGUGAAGAAGGAAGACGUUUUGGGAGUGAAAGAGGAGACAGAAGAUCAGAUUAACACCAGAGAGAGACACGACUAUUGCGGAUGCUUUGGGGAGCCUCAACAACAUCCUGAUGCUGACGAGUCAGAGAAGAGUCUCUCCAGAUCAGAACACCAGAUGGACAACGCUAACCCUUUCGCCCUCCUGGAGUCCCUGUGUCAUGCCUCUCCCGGUAGCGCCUUACUGCUGGGUAUGAAGAGGUUGUCUGUGCUGCUGGUGGACUGCAGGAAAACAACAGGGCUGAGUGGAACUGUGGGAGGAGGAGAAGAGAAGAAAGAAUUAGAUUUGACACAUCAAAGAGAAAGACCAGACUCAGAGGAACCAGAGCCAGGGACGUCCAAACCAGCAAGACGACACAAGUGCUCCCACUGUGGAAAGGGUUUUAACCGGUUAUGGAACAUGAAACAACACGAGAAAAUACACACAAGGGAGAAGCCUUACCACUGCUCCCAGUGUGGAAAGAGUUUUACGAUUUUAGGAAACCUGAAAGCCCAUGAGAGAAUACACACAGGGGAGAAGCCUUACCACUGCUCCCAGUGUGGAAAGUAUUUCAACCAGACAGGGGAGCUGAAACAGCAUGAGAGAAUACACACAGGGGAGAAGCCUUACCACUGCUCCCAGUGUGGAAAGAGUUUUGCGAUUUUAGGAAACCUGAACGCUCAUGAGAGAAUACACACAGGGGAUAAGCCUUACCACUGCUCCAAGUGUGGAAAGAGUUUUACAAUUUUAGGAAACCUGAAAGCCCAUGAGAGAAUACACACAGGGGAGAAGCCUUACCACUGCUCCCAGUGUGGAAAGUGUUUUAACCAUUUAGGAACCUUGAAAGCGCACGAGAGAAUACACACAGGGGAGAAGCCUUACCACUGCUCCCAAUGUGCAAAGUGUUUUAUCCAUUUAGGGGACCUGAAAAAACAUGAGAGAAUACACAGGGGGGAGAAGCCUUACCAUUGCUCCCAAUGUGGAAAGAGUUUUAAGCUUUUACGAUACCUUUUACGAUACCUUAGCCAACUGUUGGAAAAAAAUGGUGUUUGACCAAAUACAAUGCUAUUUCUCUGUAAACAAAUUAACAACAGACUUUCAGCAUGCUUAUCGAGAAGGGCACUCAACAUGUACUGCACUGACACAAAUGACUGAUGAUUGGUUGAGAGAAAUUGAUAAUAAGAAGAUUGUGGGAGCUGUACUGUUAGAUUUCAGUGCAGUCUGUGAUAUUAUUGACCAUAACCUGAGAAAACGUAUGUGCUAUGGCUUUUCAACCUCUGCCAUAUCGUGGCUUCAGAGAUAUCUAUCUACUAGAACUCAGAGGAUUUUUAAUGGAAGCUUCUCUGUCAAACAUGUAAAGUACCGCACAGCAGCUCUCUAGGCCCUCUACUCUUUUCUAUUUUUACCAAUGACCUGACACUGGCAUUAAACAAAGCAUGUGUGUCCAUGUAUGCUGAUGACUCUCUAGGCCCUCUACUCUUUUCUAUUUUUACCAAUGACCUGACACUGGCAUUAAACAAAGCAUGUGUGUCCAUGUAUGCUGAUGAUUUCCUAUGAGUCAAUGAUUUUAAUUAGAAAAAGCAAUUAUGCUCUCUCCUCAAUCCCUUACAGUUUCUUUGGAAAGUAUUCAGACCCCUUGACUUUUCAAAAAUGGAUUAAAUAAAACAUUUUCCUCAGCAAUCUACACAUAAUACCCCAUAAUGACAAAGCGGAAACAAGUUUUUUAUAAAUUUUUGCUCA